GCACCGCACCGCACCGCACCGCUCCGCUCCGCUCCGCACCGCACCUGCCCCGGCGGGGCGCACCGCACCGCACCGCUCCUCACCUGCCGCGGCGGGGCGCACAGCACCGCACCGCUCCGCGCCUGCACCGCACCUGCACCCCACCGCUCCGCUCCCCACCGCGCCUGCCCCGGCGGGGCGCACCGCACCGCACCGCGCCUGCCCCGGCGGGGCGCACGGUACCGCGGCACCCCCGCGGGGUCCCGUCCCCAUCCCCUUCCUCUUGCGCCGGCCGCCCCGUGUCAGCCCUGCGGGGGCAGCAGCUGCCCCUUUGAUUUUUGGGGCAGAUCCUCGUUCCCUCCGGUAGAAUGGGGCGCUUCACCGUCUGGGACUAUGUGGUCUUUGCGGCCAUGCUGCUGGUCUCGGCCAUCAUCGGCAUCUACUACGCCUUCGUGGGAGGGGGGCAGAAGACAUCCAAGGAUUUCCUCAUGGGGGGCCGCAGCAUGAGCGCCCUCCCCGUUGCGCUCUCCCUCACCGCCAGCUUCAUGUCAGCUGUCACCGUGCUGGGCACCCCUGCCGAGAUCUACCGCUAUGGUGCCAUCUUCUGCAUCUUCGCCAUCACCUAUGCCCUGGUGGUGCUGUGCAGUGCUGAGAUCUUCCUGCCCGUCUUCUACAAGCUGGGCAUUACCAGCACCUACGAGUAUUUAGAGCUUCGAUUUAAUAAAUACCUGCGCCUCUGUGGAACGGUCCUCUUCAUUAUACAAACGACUUUAUACACUGGUAUUGUCAUUUAUGCUCCAGCUUUAGCACUAAAUCAAGUCACUGGCUUCGACUUGUGGGGUGCAGUGGUGGCGACCGGCGUGGUCUGCACUUUCUACUGCACGCUGGGUGGUCUGAAAGCAGUGGUGUGGACGGACGUUUUCCAGGUUGGAAUCAUGGUCGCUGGAUUUUCGUCUGUGAUUAUACGAGCUGUGGUGGUUCAGGAGGGAAUUGGACGCAUUGUAAAUGAUUCCUACUAUGGAGGAAGAUUAAACUUCUGGGACUUUAAUCCCAAUCCUUUGCAACGGCACACCUUCUGGACGAUUGUUAUAGGUGGGACCUUCACAUGGACUGGCAUAUAUGGGGUCAACCAGUCUCAAGUACAGAGAUACAUCGCAUGCAAAAGCAGGUUCCACGCAAAAAUGUCCCUCUACAUCAACCUGGUGGGCCUCUGGGCGAUACUGGCCUGCGCGGCCCUGUGCGGCCUGGCCCUCUACUCCAUCUACAAGGACUGCGACCCGUGGACGGCAAAUCAGGUGUCAGCGCUCGACCAGCUAAUGCCAUACCUAGUGCUGGAUAUUCUCCGAGAUUUUCCAGGAGUGCCAGGGCUUUUUGUGGCUAGUGCCUACAGUGGGACAUUAAGUACAGUGUCCUCCAGCAUCAAUGCUCUGGCUGCUGUGACUGUCGAAGACCUCAUUAGGCCGUACUUCAAAUCCCUCUCUGAAAAGAAGUUGUCAUGGAUUUCCAUGGGGAUGAGCCUGUUUUAUGGCGGAGUCUGCAUCGCUAUGGCUGCACUGGCAUCUCUCCUGGGAGCCUUGUUGCAGGCAGCACUCAGUAUUUUUGGCAUGGUUGGUGGCCCCCUUUUAGGACUGUUUGCCUUGGGAAUCCUCUGCUCCUUUGCAAAUGGAAUUGGUGCAUUUGUGGGUCUUGUCAGUGGCUUUGUUAUUUCACUUUGGGUUGGAAUCGGAUCUCAGAUUUAUCCUCCACUCCCAGAGAGGACCAAGCCACUAUAUCUCUCAACUGCAGGCUGUAAUAUAUCCUCAGUAAAUUUGACAUCAACAGAAAACCCGUUAACAACAGUCUUCACCACACCAACUGCAGAGAGGCCUGCCCUGGCAGACAACUGGUAUUCCUUGUCUUAUCUCUACUUCAGUACACUUGGGACGCUUAUCACAGUAAUUGUGGGAAUAAUUAUCAGCCUCCUAACAGGAGGACUAAAACAGAACACAGAUCCUAAAUUCCUGCUGACCAAGGAAGAUUUCCUGUCCAACUUCUCACGGUCUAAAUCUGAGACACAAGAGAAAGUGGAAGUGCUGGCCUGCAACCCGUUUACCGAGGCAGCGGAAGGAACUGACAAUCCUGCUUUCAGCCACAUUGAAAUGGAUGUUGCAAGCAAUAAGGACAAAGUCAAUGGCCUUCAUAUAUGACAUGGGGCUAUGUCAGCCCAUGAGGACAGUUUUGUUCACGUAAAGCACCGUUGACAUUCCUGUGCCGGGUCAGUUACCAGUCCUGCUUGGGUCAUGGGCAGGCGUCUGCUGAGCUUCAUGGCACUGUCACCCUUGCAUGACCUUGACAUAAGCCAAGAAAGGAAUCAAGUCUUUCUUGCACUUCCUUACUCUGUCUCUCUCACUCUGGGUCUUGGCGACAGGGCUUAAGGCAAUGUUUCUAUGUGAAAUAUUUGCCUGAUAUUCUUGAGCCUCCUGGAAAAUAUCUACUUUUAAUCUCAGUUCACUGUCAGAGUAAAUUUUUUAUUUGGUAAGAGCACUGUUCCCCCAGACAUGGCUGUUUUUCUGGUUUGUUUUUUUUUUUUCUUCUUUUUUCUUUUAAGGCAUUAAAAACAUGAAGAGAUUAGGGCUACGGGACUUUAUCAUAUUGCUAGAACCAGUGGGUAUUUUUUUAGUACAGGAGGUGUAUUUAGUGCCAUCUGGUUCCUUUGUAGAACUGAUCCUGAAAGCAUAUUUAUUUUGCUGGUUUCGUCAUAUAUGUUUGUUUUUAUUAAGCCACUUGUUCCCUGGUUACCUGCGUCUGUUCCUCUGUGGUCACUGGUGGAAGCUACAUGAGUGUCUUUGGUGAUGGGUAGAGGCAAGAGUCAGUAAUAUCUUUCCCUUCACGCCCCAUCUCCCUCUUCUGCCAUGUCUUGCUCUUACAGAGCUGGUCCUUGUGAAGGAAAUGAGCUAUUUGGGCUUUAUAUUCAAUGCCAUAUAGCAGAACCACAGUAGUCUUCUACUUCUUGCCCCGUGUGCUGGCCUAGGACCACCCUUGCACUGGGCUGGGCGUAGUGCUGCAGAGAUGUUAAUGCAAGAAGGCGGCCGUCUUUGCCGCACUGGACAAGAGGGAAGGCCGCAUCUGCAGUUGCCACUGCUGUUACCUGCACAGAUGAAACCUCAUGUAGCCAUUGGUGUUCGUGCAGUCCCUGUUGUCAUUUGGGUGAUUCACGUUCAAGGUUGAGAUCAGGCGAGAGUAUGCUGCGUGUUUGUGCAGUCCGCCAGGACGGGGAGGAGAUCGCAGAGGCUGUCAUUUGGUGAAGGCUUCUCCAGGGCUGCCGGGCAUGGGACGGCUCCUCUGGCUGGGCUGCCAAGAGAAGCUGAGCAGCGCGUCCACUCCAGACCGUGCACUGUACUUGUGGUUUGGGUGGGUGAAUACCCCCAUUGCUUCCUUACCUUGUGUGCUUCCUGGUGCCGCAGGGAAGAGACUCUGACCCACUGUGUUGGUUUUGUACUGCAGACUUUUUGCUAUGGCUAUACAUGGUUGGUUUAAAACUCCUCUACAGCAGCACAAUCAAGUUGAAAAAUAAAAGCCAUUGCCGGGAAGUGGAGCCGUGAAGUUUAUAAAGCAGUCAUGCUUGAGAAUCAAAUGAAAAACUGACUGUGUGUCUUAAAUGCUUUCUAAAAGUUAAGCUGCAUUUGUGCAAGGUGCUGAGCUGCUGUAACGUGGAAUAUGACACAGUGCUAGUUUAUGUACCUUGACUGGCACCCUUCAGCAUCUGAAUCGAUUUGUUCCAUGCCCUUGUGACAGAGGGCACUUGAUGAUCUACUGCAUGAGACAAACUGACAGGAUCAGAAAACGUUAGGAAGGAAAAAUGGACUCCAAGGAGCAGACCUCUACUAGAGGAGGACAGGCCAGACAGACACUGCACAGGUUGCCACCAGGGCCAUGUCUCCAUCAGCUAACCCAGUGCAAAACUACGAGAUGGAGGCAGGUUUCCCCUUUGCCUUCUGAAGCAGUGGUUUGCAUGAUCCAAUGCAGAAUUUAGGGCCAACCCCUUGUCUCCCACUCCUCUGCUGCAGCUCCGUCACCAGGUAAGUGCCUACAGCCACUGCGUGGAAGGGCUGUGAGCAAUCAGGAUAGAUCCCACGAGGUGUGUCUUGUGUCCAUAUAUCUAAGACCCGAGACAAACAAUAGCAUCCUGAAUAAAGUCUUCUGGGAUUGAGGUCAGAGGUCUUUGUUCUGGGACUAUCCUAGUCACUCUGAGACAACUAGUCCAUGGAGUGAAUGAGCUGGCUAACAUAGCAGAGCUAUGAAGCCGCGGAAGAUAAGUGCAGCUCUUCCAGCCUUGUGCCUUCUCUUCAUGACACGGAAACAGAUAACUGCCUUUUGUGCUACAGAGUAGUUCUUGAGCCUUAGAGUAUAAUAAUUGGUACUUACUAGAUACUUCCAGUCCAUAGCUCUGAAAAAGGGUAAGUGCAGGUAUCUCCGCUCUGCUGCAGCGUGCUGAAAUGAAGUGAGCUGGUGUGCCUCGGCGUACCUGUGCUUGGUAAGCUGUGGACAGAGAGAAGAGAGGCCCACAGCCAGCCCUUGACCUGUAUCGCCUGCUGGGAUGGCUAGAGCCCUCCCAACACGCACGCUGAACUCUCAUCUGAAUGUUGCUUCUCGGGAGGGUGACUGAUCGCUGCUGUGUGAAACAGCAUCAGCAUGGCCUUCGUUGCAUCGCACUGCGCCAGGAUGGGUGUUUGUGCCGUCAUUGAUACUGCUUUAAACUGUCCUGGAUGAUCUGUGACUUCUGCCCAGUUUGUUCAUGAAGACUAAUCUUCCCAGUUAUGUAGCAAAAUGUAGCACCACGAAGGUGUUUGGUUUUUUUUCUCAGGGCUUUGAAUUCCCAUAGUUGUUUAAAACAGAGAAAACACAUACAUGACCAACUUAUCUUCACUUACUGAAGUCACUGUUUGAGCACUGAGCAGUCAUUUAACUCUAAUUUUGGUAUGAAGUGAAGGUUUGGGCCAGGUGAUAUCUAUUCGUCCACAAUGACAACGUCAAGAUGAGUUUUCACAGGGGAGAAUAUCUUGCUGUAAGAGGUUUAGAGACAAACAUUCUUAACCUUUGCAGCUGACCCCUGCAGCUACCCCAUUUCUUGCUAACUAACCUCCCAUGAUUGCUGCAGAGCUACAAAGUGAUUCUUUCUGCUUUACUUUUUUCUAUAUGCUUCUUAUUCUACUUGACAGCACUAAUUAAAGCAAUUCAUUAAUUUUGAAUAAUAUUUUCUCUGGGAUCAUAUACUGUCCUUUGCUAGCUGGACUCUCAGCCAGGGCCUUGUCAGUGUAAAAGCAGCAAAAUAAUUCUUGGUGUCUCCAUCACAUUCCUGCACGCUGAUCCUUCGUCUCUCCCAGCUACAAGCUCACCCGACAAAGAAAUGCAGGAUGCUCAAGGCUGAUUAAUUCCGUGGGAGUGGGCGCACUCCACACUGUCCAAAUUACAUGCAGCAUCUAGCAGGGUCAAGAGACAAAACAAGUAGGAACAUUGAAAAAGAACUAAAACCAGGACAGGAACAGGAACAAUAUUUGCCUAUGUGAAUACACGAAGGAUCUACAGAGAGAAAGUAGUGAUGGAUUUUGGUCCUUUUUGGUCUGCAUUUAAAUUUGCUUCCAGCUGAUUGGUCUGUUUGCUUUCUGAGCAAUUGGGUAAAGAGAAAAUAACUCAUGAAUGCCAAACAGCAAAUAUUUCAUAUGCAUAAUUUAUUUUAAAGUUUAUUGCGUCACAUUAUACAAGCAUUAAACAUGGCUUUAUGUUAAUGAUUUUUUUUAAAGUGUGAAAACUUGACAUUCUUCUCCAUAGGAUUUUUCUAUUUACAAAUAAACAAUCUC